AAUAAGCGUGUCACGCAAUGAAAAUGAGCGUCCUUCCGUGACUAGAAGAUGGCUUACGCCACGUCCAUUGUAUACUUCACAGUUCGGACUUUUUUAACGUUUACGAUGCUAAACCAAGAGAACAGACAGGGUGCAAGUUAGUUGUGAAGUGUUGACUGCAAAAUGAUCAGUUCAAUCCUGUCAAGUGGAAAACGGCUGUAUUUUCGCCUCUCUACCCGGCGAUCGUUCAUAACAAGACAUCCCUUUAUCUUCCUGAUAUUUGUAUUCAUCGUGGUUACACUUGCUGUUCUGCACUUCUUUAUAAUUCCCACAGCGAGCGGGGCAUAUAACGAUGAAUGCUAUUUACCCCAAGACAAAUUAAACAACCUUCGUUACGCGAUUAAAACCAUUUGCGAGACAAUGGAUGCCCAUAAUAUGACCUACUGGCUCGAUUACGGGACCUUGGUUGGUGCAGUAAGGCGUGGUGAUGUCCUACCUUGGGACGGGGAUGCCGAUAUAUCGUUCCUCAGGGACCAAGAGAAAUACGUCGUCCACGAGGAACUCAUCAAGAUCCAUGGUAUCCAGUCUAAUGGACUACAAGCGAACUACAAAGGCCUCUCUAUCGACUAUGUAAGAUGGGAGGAGAUUGAAGGCUCUUAUAGCGGUCAAAAGCAGACACUGCUACAUAAAUAUUACCCGUCGUCUGUCCUCAAGAACGAGAAUAUGCUCGUAUUGUGGAACCAUGAGCUCGACACCUUCCCCAAGGCCUGGGUGACCCCUAGGAAGAGAAUAGAUUUCCAGGGUUCUCAGUUAGCGAUACCGAAUGAUCCGCAUAGGCACUUGGCUCAUAGGUACCCUACCACAUACUGGCAUGGCUUUUCUGUGCCCUUUAAGUGGAAGUGUUAUGUUCCGUGCUUUGUAAUGCGUGCGAAUGGGUGCCCGUGACGACCUGGAGAAAAAGGGGCCUACCAGAGGAGGUAGCGCAGAAGUGACGGAUCAAGGGUGUGUGUGGUGACCAUGCUCGAGGAUUCACGAAAAGUACGCUGGAUCCUCGGGCAAGGGUGGAGGCUGGAUUUGGCUGUCCCUACUAGGUGAACUUUUAAAAGUAAUUGAAGGGAGUUAAAAUCUUCCGACAUAUGUUUUGUGUAUCCCCCCGUCCCCAACUUGAGUAUAGGGGUUAAUGUAGAAAACAGGUGAGGUAGGAGAGAGUGUGAGGCGAAUAAGGGGCCGAUUAUUUGAUAGAGGGGCAUACCCCCUAAAAAACGAACAGAUAAACUAAAGCAAAACACAGCCAAGGUCUAUCAAAAGAAGUAACAAGCUAUUUGUGAAAAAUAUCGAGCGGGAAAAUGCAGCAACUUCCCCGUCACUCAAAUGAUCGGCCCACGCAAUUAGAUUCGCAACCGAUGGAUAAUAGAUUUCACGAGACUUUUUUUUUUUUUACAACCUCCAAGGGUCUUCUGGGUAAUUUUCCUAAACAGCUAGUCAGCUAGCCCCCAAACCCUGACCGAGUAAAACCUAGGAAUGAGGUCAUGCAUUUAACACCGCAACGUUAUUUACAUCGUUAGUCACGUGACCGUAGUUCGAUCUUCGAAAAUACAACAUCAAGAAUGGAAUGCAUGUCGCGCAAAGGAUUGUGGCUCCUGAUAUGUAGAAUGUGUCGGCGUAGGACUGCGUGACGUCAGCAACCAAACCUUGGGAGAAAAAAAAGUCCAUCAGAUGUAAGGUUUUCUAGCAUGGUGGAUACAGUUUGAUAGUUUUGAGGGUGAUACCUAUCUAGCUCUCUUGCUGUUAUAUUCUCGCUUGCUACAGUGGCCACCAAAGUAUCAUAGUGCAACGCACGGUACUGGGCCAACAUCAAAGUAUCAUAGUGCGACGCACGCUACUGGGCCAACAUCAAAGUAUCAUAGUGCGACGCACGCUACUGGGCCACCAACAAAGUAACAUAGUGCGACGCACGCUAGUGAAACAACAUCAAAGUAACAUAGUGCGACGCACGCUAGUGAAACAACAUCAAAGUAACAUAGUGCGACGCACGUUCCUGGGCCAACAUCAAAGUAUCAUAGUGCGACGCACGCUAAUGGGCCACCAACAAAGUAACAUAGUGCGACGCAAGCUUCCGUUGGUUUAUUUGUCAAAACUAUCAAGGUGACCUCGCCAACGCGCGUCUCACUGUAACAGAGUCACCUUUAAAGGCAGUGUGUACAAAUAAACAUACACUACCAUA